AUGGCCUUCGCCAAGGAGUCCGGCUCGUUCUUCCCCGCGGGACUGGUCAAGCACUUCGAGCUGCAGAGCUGCCUGGCGUCCAUCGCGGCGCUGCACUUCGAGGGCCAGGCGCUGGCGGUGAACGAAGAAGCGAACGCGGGGAUUCUGUACCGCUACGCGGACAUUCUGGACAACGCGAUGAAGCAGACGCGCGCUCUCAUGAACUCCUUCCAGCUCGAAGAGAGCGAUCGGAUCAGCGCCGAGGCCACGCUGGCGGCCGCCAAGGCCGACGUCCAGCAGUUCUUCAAGAUCUACCGGAUCUAUAUCACGUCGGUGCCGAGCGAGGUGACGUUCCCGCAGCCGUUCUGCAAGGCGGAGAUGAAGAAGGAGCUGGAGAUCAGCGAGGUGCCGCUGAAGAUCGAGGUGAAGGCGAACCAGCAAGUGGAGGCCGCGCUGCUCAUGUAUCUGCAGAAGGUCGGCGAGCUGCGCGCCGCCACCGCCGAGCAGGUCGCGCAGGCCGACGCGGAGGCGCGGAAAGUGCUGCUGGAUCGGCUGCUGCCGGACAUUUUGGAGAAGGGAGUGGCCGGGCACGAGCUGCCGAAGUCGAUGGAGGCGCGGAUCGAAGCGAUCCAGGAGGGCGACGGGCUGGGGCGCCUGAUGAAGACGCGAGACGAUCUGCUGGACUGGAUGGACGAGAUGGAGGACUCGCUGAGCGUGGUGAAGACGCAGCUGGAGAAGGCGGAGUGGAAGCAGUCGGUGGACUGGAUCGAAGCGAAUCUGCGCACGCUGGGGUCGAACAUGGAGGAAGUGAAGAAGUCGAUCACGCUGUGCUGCAACGAGCCGAAGAUCUACCGCGAGCCGAUCAUGACGCUGACGGCCUCGCUGCCGACGUGCAGCUACGCGGAGAGCCCGAUGGACUCGAAGCGUGUGGAGGAAGCGACGCGCAGCGUGCUGGAUCUGCUGAAGGACCGCGCGGCGCUGCUGACGUCGCUGCUGCAGGAUAAAUCGGGCGAGACGGUGGUGCGAGAGCGGAUCCAGAGCGAUAAGCACUUGCUGAACGUGGAGGCGGUGAUUUUCACGGCGAUGACGGUGGUGCAGGAGCUGAAGCGAAGGCUGGAGGACAAUAUUGGAACACAAGGAACGCUGCUGAAGCAGCUGAAGACGGAGUAUGAGAAGUGGAGUCGGAACCGGAAGGUGACCGCAGAGAUGAAGAAGAGAGAAGACGCGCUGCGGAAGAUCGUGGAAAGCUUGAAUCGAUUUGAUGCCUGCAGCGAACGACUGCAGUCCAUGCAGUUGUGCGCGGAUUGUAUUAAGAGCGAGUAUGAGGCGCUGUGCGAGCAGGCGGGAGUGUACUGAGGAGAAGGGAGUGUAUGUUAGAAUUGAGUGUAUGAUGGAUUGCGUGUUUGUUGGAAUCAGAGUGAACAACCGGGGAAAAAGUGUUGAUGGAGACGUGUGUUCAUUCAGUGAAGCGAAGAAAGGGUAGCAACCCACAGAGGUGACUUUGCGAUGAGGGUAUCGUUUCUUUCUCUGAUCAUAAUAAUAAGAGUAAUAAA